CGAUCAGGACAUCACCUAUGGCUAGCUCGGUGCAACCACGGACGAUCUUAACGCCCAAUGCCGAAAAUCUUUUGUGUUCACUUCUGACAUCUGCUUUACUUUCAAGAGAUCCCAAUUUAUUUCAUUUCCUUUUAUGUACUUUUCUUUGUUUGAACUCACGGCCGAACUGAACGCGCCAGAGUCCUGUCAGCAAUGCUCAUCCUUAGCUCAGUUACGAAUGUAACUUUUGUUUUCCCUCACUGUGGGGUUUUUCUUUUCAUAACAAUUAGCCAAAUUGCUGAAUCUUCAAAUAAAUUUUAUCAGGUUCGAUUCCCCGAUUCGGAGAUUUUUUUGCAUUUUUCGCGAAAACU